GCCGCGCAGGCGCAGUGCGCAGGGGCGCGGGCGCGAUGGCGGAGGGCCCGCGGCCGAAGAGGAAGCGGGAGGAGGAGGCGGAGGCCGGGACCGUGCCCCACGACGGGGCCGCCGCCGCCCCGUUCCCGCUGGCGGAGCUGCGCUUGCGGCGCGUGCUGCGGGAGUCGGCGCGGGACAAGGCCGUGUUCCUGCACGGGGAGGUGACCAGUCCCUCUGGAGAGGGCACAGAUGCUGUAGUCAUCCUGGAAAAGACUCCCUUCCAGGAGGAGAAGGUACUGGACCUGCUGAAGAAGCACACAAAGCUGGAGCUGCAGAUGCACAAUGACAUUUACAGCACAUACCACCUCUAUCCUCCCCCGGAGCUGAGCGAGAUAAAAACCACGGUGGUGUACCCCGCCACAGAGAAACACCUUCAGAAAUAUCUCCGUCAAGAAGUGCACCUCAUCCGUGAAACCUGGGAGGAUUAUAAGAACAUAACACUGCCCUUCAUCCAGUCGCAGAGCUUCAGCAUCCAGUGGGUGUAUAAUAUCCUGGAAAAGAAAGCUGAGGCCGAUCGAAUCAUCCAUGAAAACCCAGAUCCUUGCAAUGGCUUUGUUCUAGUUCCAGAUUUUAAGUGGAAUCAAACCCAGCUGGAUGACCUUUACCUGAUAGCCCUCGUUCACUGCCGGGAGAUCAAGUCUCUUCGGGACCUCACUGCUGAGCAUCUCCCGCUGCUGAGGAACAUCUUGCAAGAAGGCAAGGAGGCCAUAACAAAGCGCUUUGGUGUGCCUGGAUCCCAGCUGCGAAUCUACCUGCAUUACCAGCCCUCCUACUAUCACCUGCAUGUGCAUUUCACUGCCCUGGGCUAUGAUGCCCCAGGCAGCUCUGUUGAGAGAGCCCAUCUCCUGGCAGAUGUGAUUGACAACCUGGUGCUGGACUCUGCGUAUUACCAGAAACGGGCUUUGACCUUUGCCCUUCGGGCUGAUGAACUUCUCCUCAAGAAAUUCCAGGAGGCAGGAAGAGUGUGAGCUGGCAGAGGUGCUUUUAUAUCUUGUUAUUAAUAAAUGCCCAUUUGGUUUUUUUUUAAAAAGGUUUUGGUGCUUUUAUUUUUUUAACUCUGAUUUUGUACAAAUUGGGGCUGACAGCCCAUUGCUAUAGAAACGGUGUCAUCUGCUCAAGUCAAUUAAAACAUUGAGUAACCCC